AGAUUUGACAAUUCAGGUAUUUUAGGGUAUGGUAGAGAGUACAAGGACAGUUGUGAAGAAACCUGUAUGUCACAAUUGUCAUUCCAAGUAAUGAUACUGAUGAUAACUAAACCUAUUCCAAAAAUUCUCAAGGAUCUCGUCAUUCCAUUUGCUCUAAAGAUAUGGAGGAAACGUUGCCAGUGUUGUUCAUGUAUUCCUUUCUUGAGAAAAUAUCUCCACGUUAAUGCUAAACCUAAGUCAGAGAAAAGUUUGCUCGAGAUUGAGUUAGAGAAACCAAGCCUCGGAAACUUCACCCUCGGGGAAUACACAGAGAAAAUCAUUCAGUAUGGGCUCAUGAUGUUGUUUGCAGCAUCUUUUCCCCUGGCGCCAUUGUUGGCACUUCUCCUGAAUGCAAUUGAUAUGCGUAUAGAUGCAUGGAGAAUGUUAUGGUGGUAUCAGAGACCAAUGGCCAUCAUUGCUGAAGAUAUAGGUACAUGGUUUGUAAUAUUGACCUUUGUGAACUACGUGGGUGUGGUCUCCAAUGGUUUCUUGAUAGCAUUUACCUCAGAUUGGGGGAGUGGCUAUGACACAGCAGGCAAACUCUGGAUUGUCAUUGGUUUUGAGCAUAUUGUGUUCUCUUUGAAAUUUCUGAUAGCUUAUUUGAUCCCAGAUAUCCCACCCUCAGUUGCUCUUGCUAUGAGAAAGAAAAAAUAUCAGCUAAUAAAGAAGAUUGGUGAAGAUAAGCUGAAGGAUAAAGAUCAUUUCAAAGUGACCACUGCACCACUACCAACAAAACCUGCAGUUGAUGAUGAGGAUGGUGGCCCUAGAAUGAGAAGACAGACAAGUAACUUUGUAAAUGAAGAAGAUACAGAAGUUAGAAGAAUGAAGAAGAAAAAGAAGCACACAGAAGGCUCGGCUCGAACACGUGACACUUCUCCCCCAGAUUACUCCGGAAGGGUAAUGCCAGGAAAGUUGGACCGAACUGCCCACUCAAUUGAUUGGCUAAAAAUAUAAGUCAGGUCCAGGUUAUUAAAGGUGAAUUAUGAGUAGAUGAAAAUUAUUUCCAAAAGCUUCAAUCUAAUAUUGUGUUUUUGUUUCUUAACAUUGUGGUGUUGGUACAAGAACAGUAUAUAGAGAUAAUCUGGAGAUUUCGGCAAAUGUUU